CGCUGACAAAGGCAAAUGAAGCCAUGUUUUUGCUUACAAACAAGUAACAUUUGACGCAACGAAUGCUGGGCUGCUUAUAACGCUGAUAAGUACCAGAAUUCUGUUAUUUUUUUAUUAACAGAAUCAGAAUAUUAGUGGAUAAUAAUAACUGGUAUUGGUUGGGCUAUUGCGGACUUGUUCGCUGACUUAGGAUUGAAGUUGUUGAAAUAAAGACAAGGAUACUCGCAAUCGUCAAAGGAAGAGGCUUCCGCGAGAAAUAUUUCAAGAAAAUGAGUUUCGAGGUGAGCUGCUGAAACAGAGGUGGACAAGAGGAGAGAGAAUCAGCAGUUGUGAAUCUACGCGAAGCUCUCUGGGCAGACAAAUCAAAAUGAACGAGGACAGUGACCACAAAAGAACACGAACACGGUCCAAAGGAAUAAGAGUGCCAAUAGAAGUUGUAGGACAAGAAUUCAGCUGCCCAACUCCUGGAUGCAGUGGUUCAGGCCAUAUCAGUGGAAAAUAUGCAAGACACAGAAGUGCACUAAGCUGCCCAUUGGCUCGGAAAAGGAGACUCCAAGAGGUGGACUCAGACCAAGAUCAGCCGAUAUCCAAGAGGAAGUCCCACCCCCUGAAGCUGGCCCUGGAUGAAGGAUACAACGUAGACAGUGAUGCUAGCAGCGAAGAGACAGAAUUGAAGGAGGAAUCUUGUGCAGAAUCAGAAGAAUCCCCAGAAGAACAAGAGGAUGGGGUAGAAGAGAGAGUAGAUAGCAAAGAGCAAGAAGACGUAAAUGAGCAUGAGGAAGAGGACUGUGUGGUUCUGGAACCUUCAAAUACAGUGAAAUCUAAAGACUCAGAGACAAAACCAAAAGACUCAGCGGGUACUCAGAGAGACGAGUAUUCAAGCUACCAAGAAAUGGUGGCCAGCUCCCUGCUCAAACUGGGCCAGAUUGCUGAGAGACACAGUCCUCCUGACACCAUACCUGUCCAAUUGCUGCAGGCCAGAGGUAUGGAAAAGCCGCAUGUGUCAGAGAAAACACCCUUAGACAGCCAGGGGAAUGAUGAAGAGGAGGACGAAGGUGAGAACUGUCGAAUGGCCAAUGAGGCGAUGGAGAAAGCUGUGACAAAGCCACAGACUGAAGGGGACAGAGUAGUGAUGCAUUUUGAAGAUGAAGAUGAGGAAGAAGAAGAUUGCAAUGAGGAUGAAAAACAAGAAAAGCAAUUUAGAAGGCAAAAUGACAAUUCGGACCAUCAGUAUUUCAGUGGAGACUUCCAGAAUGGCCAGGCAAAGGAUAUAGUGCAGGGAGAAUUAGGAUUAAAGAAGCAGGACGUCCUACGGGUAGAUGAGGAGUUGGGAGAAGAUGAAGAAGUUUAUAGUGUACAUGCCUUCUCUGGCGUCAUCACCACCAGCACCCAGUUUCAAAGAUCUGAGACUGAGGGGCAUAGAACUGCAUCUCAAGAGGACUACAUGUGCCAUAAGGUCAUACCCUCUAUUGUCAUCGAUGUUCAGUCUAAGGAGUCAGAGAAGGAGGAAGAUGGAGAUGAUGAAGAGAGGGAGGAGGAGGAUGAGGACGAUGAGGACAACCAGUCACAAAAGUCAGCAGUAACCGACGAGUCAGAGAUGUAUGACAUGACAAAGGGGAACUUGGGCUUGCUGGAGCAAGCUAUUGCUCUCAAAGCUGAACAAGUGAGAAGUCCACAUGAGAUGAACCAUGGCCCUGAACACCUGCGGUACUUUUCCACAGAGGACAGGAAGCGCAUGGAUACAAUUCGCAAGAGUUACUUUAGCAAGGAGAGUUCCAGGCCAGAGAAAAGGGAAAUCAAAUGUCCCACCCCUGGGUGUGAUGGAACAGGUCACGUGACCGGACUGUACCCCCACCACCGCAGCCUUUCAGGAUGCCCACAUAAGGACAGAAUCCCACCAGAAAUCCUAGCCAUGCAUGAGAAUGUGCUAAAGUGCCCGACGCCUGGCUGCACGGGACAGGGACACGUCAACAGUAACCGCAACACGCACAGAAGUUUGUCUGGAUGUCCCAUCGCAGCAGCAGAGAAGCUGUCAAAAACACACGAGAAGCAGCAGCUCUCUCAGCCUCUGAGUGAACAUGCCAAAGGAAGCCCAAACUCUGACAGAGUACUCAGGCCCAUGUGCUUCGUAAAGCAGUUGGAGAUCCCGCACUAUGGCAGCUACAGACCAAGUGUGCUCCCUACUACUCCUCGUGCCAACCUAGCCAAGGAGCUGGAGAAGUACUCCAAAGUCUCCUUCGAUUAUGCAAGCUUCGACGUUCAGGUCUUUGGGAAACGCAUGCUGGCGCCAAAGAUACACGCCACUGAAACCUCACCAAAAGCCUUUAAACCUAAACCUCUCCCUAAGGCCUCCUCCCCUAGUCACAACAUUCCUGGAGGCUACACAAAGAGCAAUUCCACCUCAUCUAGCGGGUACGACUACUCACAUGAUGCAGAGGCGGCACACAUGGCUGCCACUGCCAUCCUCAACCUCUCUACACGAUGCUGGGAGAUGCCCGAGAAUCUGAGCACCAAGCAACAGACCACACCCAGCAAGGCGAUGGAUAUAGAAGUGGACGAGAAUGGAACGCUGGACCUUAGCAUGAAGAAAUGUGCCAAGAGAGAGGGCAGUAUGCCAUGCAGCAGCCCUGGGAUCCACUCCCCAGAUCCGUCCUUCUUCUCCUCUUCCUCUCAGCUCCCAGGCAGUAGCAGCAGUGUGACCUCUCCCCAGUCCAUCCACACCUACAAACAGGACGAAUGGGAGGGGCCUCUCGAUUACACAAAGCCCAAUCGUCAACGAGAGGAAGACCUGGAAGAGAUGGAGCAGACGAGCCAGUCCUAUAUGUCAUCUGAGCCUGAGGACUGUGAGAUGAAACAAGACUGCCCAGAGGAUAGAAAGUAUCCCGGAGAAGUGACCACCCCCAGCUUCAAAGUUAAAUUCCAGACUAAGGACUGCAAGAAGGACCUCCUGCUGUGUCCCACCCCUGGUUGCGAUGGUAGCGGCCAUAUCACUGGAAACUAUGCAUCCCAUCGCAGCCUCUCUGGGUGUCCUCUUGCUGAUAAGAGUCUGCGCUCCCUAAUGGCAGCCCACUCUCCUGAACUCAAGUGCCCUACUCCAGGAUGUGACGGCUCGGGACAUAUCACUGGGAACUACGCUUCACACAGAAGUUUGUCUGGUUGCCCGCGUGCCAAGAAAGGUGGAGCAAAAACAACCCCAACCAAGGACGACAAGGAGGACUCUGAGCUCUUAAAAUGCCCAGUCCCGGGAUGUGACAGCCUGGGCCAUAUCAGUGGGAAAUAUGCCACCCAUCGCAGUGCCUACGGAUGCCCGCUGGCUGCCCGCAGGCAAAAGGAGGGGCUCCUCAAUGGUUCUCCAUUCUCCUGGAAGUCCUUUAAGACCGAAGGGCCCACUUGCCCGACCCCAGGCUGUGAUGGCUCUGGACAUGCCAAUGGCAGCUUCCUCACACACAGAAGUCUCUCCGGAUGCCCCAGAGCCUCACUGGCCAAAAAGAAAGCCAAGUUCUCUACGGAUGAAUAUCUGAACACAAAAUUCAGGGCCAGUGAUGUUUUAGACAACGAUGAAGAUAUCAAGCAACUUAACAAAGAGAUUAGUGAACUAAAUGAAUCCAACAGUGAGAUGGAGGCAGACAUGGUCAAUCUCCAGACACAGAUCUCAUCAAUGGAGAAAAACCUGAAGAACAUCGAGGAGGAAAACAAACUGAUCGAGGAGCAAAACGAGGCUCUGUUUGUGGAGUUAUCAGGGCUGAGCAAGGCCCUGAUCCGCAGCUUGGCCAACAUCCGCCUUCCGCACAUGCAGGAGCCAAUAACUGAGCAGAAUUUUGAUGCCUACGUGAGCACUCUGACCGACAUGUACACUAAUAAGGACUGCUACCAGAACCCGGAGAAUAAGGCCCUUUUGGAAACUAUCAACCAAGCAGUGAAGGGCAUCAAGGUCUGAAGGCCGACGAGAACAACGCGAAGAAGAGCAAAGUGAGAGUUCAACGUGGUGGAAACAGGCAUUCAGGUUAUUAGCAUGUUGUUUAACUACAUCCCAGAGGCAUUGCAUCAGAGAGAAGACAAACACGAAAGACAUCCAGAGAUACUGCUAUUGGUUAAUAAGGAUAAGCCAAACAGAACCAAAUUCUUCUUAUUUAUCAGCACAUUUAUUUACGUAUUUAUUCUUCCAAUAUAUUUAUUUCUAGAUAUAUUUUUUUUUGGUUUGUCCCAGUUCCAUUUCUAUCAUGGCACACUGAAGACAAAUGACUGGGGAUCAAGGCGAAUGGAUGUCCCAAGUCUGGUUUCUCUCGACCUUCUGAACAACAGGGAAGGUCAAAAAUGCACAUAAAUGUCUAGCGGCGCAUAUAUGCGUAUAGGCAGUAGGAAGAUAAACAUUCUUUUUCACGGCUCUUUCCAUUAGUGGCAUCUCUUCAUCAAUAAGCAUUCGGGCCUUAAAGUUUUCUUGUUCUGGGUUUUCUGGGUUCUCCGUUUGUCACUCGACAGUUGCCACUUGCAAGCCAUUUGCUUGUUUACAAUGAAGUGGUUCAGCUAAUGGACGAUGCCCGUGGCAGAACGUCUGGAGUGGGAGAAUACAUGAUCUCAGAGGUUGUGCCGUUGCAACACGUAAAUUGUUUCCUCUGUAAGACCGUAGUCCUUGCAUCCAAGGAGAUUUC